AUGACUCUCUCCCUGCUCCUGGUUUUUCUCUCUCUCAUUCAGAGUGCCUUUCAGCUGCUGGAUACCAAACUAUUUUUAAUAUACAAUGAAGACCACAAGCGCUGUGUAGCAGUUCAGAGUUCUAGUUCAGUUACAACUGCGAAUUGCAACCAGGACAAUGAGUCUCAAAAAUUCAGGUGGGUCUCUGAUCACCAGCUGAUGAGUGUAUCAUUGAAGUUAUGCUUAGGAGUACCAUCAAAGAAAGACUGGGUUCCGAUCACUUUGUAUCCAUGUGAUAAGGCAAGUGAACUCCAAAAAUGGGAAUGCAGAAAUGAGACCCUUUUUGCAAUCCAAGGCGAAGAUUUAUUUUUCAACUAUGGCAACAAACAGGAAAAGAAUAUUAUGCUCUACAAGGGAUCAGGAGUAUGGAGUAAGUGGAAGAUCUAUGGAACCACAGAUGAUUUGUGCUCCCGGUUCUAUGAAGCUAUGUUUACAUUGCUAGGAAAUGCCAAUGGAGCACCCUGCGUAUUCCCAUUCAAGUAUAAUAAAAAAUGGUAUGCUGAGUGUACAGAUGAUGGUAGGUCAGAUGGCUGGCUCUGGUGUGGAACAACUGCAGACUUCGAUGCAGACAAAAAAUAUGGAUUUUGUCCACUGAAAUUUACAGGCAUUGACACUCUGUGGUAUACAGAUCCAUUGUCAGGAGUCCACUACCAGAUAAACUCCCAAUCAGCCCUAAUGUGGCACCAGGCAAGGAAAAGCUGUCAGCAACAGAAUGCGGAAUUAUUAAGUAUCACAGAGUUGCAUGAGCAAACGUACCUGGCAGGAUUAACUAGGACUAUGAGUUCUUCACUCUGGUUUGGUCUUAACAGUUUGAAUUUCAACAGUGGAUGGCAAUGGAGUGGUGGUAGCCCUUUCAGAUACUUAAACUGGGUUCCAGGAAGUCCCUCCCCAGAGCCUGGGAAAAUCUGUGCAGCCUUGAAUCCUGGAAAAGGUGCUAAAUGGGAAAACCGGGAAUGUGAUCAGAAACUUGGCUACAUUUGUAAAAGAGGAAAUGCCACUUUAGAGUCUUUCAUUAUUCCUUCAGAGACUAAUGUGCCUAUUAAAUGCCCUGCUCAAUGGAUGUCAUAUGCAGGUCAUUGUUACAUAAUGCAAAGAGACACCAAAAUAUGGAAAGAUGCCUUAACUUCAUGUAGAAAGGAGGAUGGCGAUCUGGCCAGUAUCCACAACGUUGAAGAGUACAGCUUUAUUGUCUCGCAGCUUGGGUACAAGCCAACAGAUGAGCUGUGGAUUGGACUGAAUGACAAUAAGGUUCAGAUGUAUUUUGAAUGGAGUGAUGGGACUCCUGUGACAUACACCAAGUGGCUACGUGGCGAACCAACCCAUGCGAACAACAGGCAAGAAGAUUGUGUUGUCAUGAAAGGACAGGAUGGAUAUUGGGCAGAUCAUGCUUGUGAAAAGAAACUUGCAUACAUCUGUAAAAGGAAACCUUUGGCAGAAGCUAGUGGAGAAGAGGAGAUCAUUGAUCCAGGCUGUCAAAGAGGAUGGAAAAGACAUGGCUUUCAUUGUUACAUGAUUGCAAGUACAUUUGCAUCAUUUUAUGAAGCCAAUCAAACGUGUGGAAGGAACCAGGCUUCCCUAGCUACUGUUGAAAACAGAUACGAACAAGCUUUUCUAACUAGUCUGACUGGGCUGAGGCCUGAAAAAUAUUUUUGGAUUGGUCUUUCAAAUAUACAAGAAAAGGGGACUUUCAAGUGGACAAAUGGUGAAGCAGUCUUAUUCACGCACUGGAAUUCAGAAAUGCCAGGAAGAAAGUCAGGCUGUGUUGCCAUGAGGACUGGAAUUGCUGGUGGAUUAUGGGAUGUUGUGAAAUGUGAGGAAAAGGCAAAAUUUCUCUGUAAACAGUGGGCUGAGGGAGUGACACCUCCGCCUAUUCCAACAACAACUCCUGCCCCCACAUGCCCAGAAGGUUGGGACUCAAACAAUCGUAUUAGUUUCUGCUUCAAACCUUUUUCAAGAGAUCAAAAGAAAUCAUGGUUGGAAUCUCAAGAAUAUUGUAGAGCUAUAGGAGGAGAUCUGGCCACCAUUAAUGGUAAAGAAGAACAAUAUGUUAUUUGGCGUUCCGUAGCGAAAAAUGGAUACUAUCAUCAGAAAUUCUGGAUAGGUUUAUAUUAUUUGAAUCCUGAUGAUGGAUUUGCUUGGAGUGAUGGGUCUCCAAUGAUAUAUACAAACUGGGCCUAUGGAGAACCCAAUAAUUAUCAAGGAAUGGAACUUUGUGUAGAACUCAGUGGAGAUUCCAGCAUGUUAUGGAAUGACAGGCACUGUGACUAUGUAUAUGACUGGAUUUGUGAAAUAAAGAAAGGAGCAAAAGUAAAUCCUGAACCAACAGAGCCUCCUAGUCCCAAAUAUAAAAUCACAGAUGAUGGAUGGAUUAUACAAGAAGACAAGCAGUAUUAUUUCAGCACAGAAAGUGUUCCCAUGGAAAAAGGCCGGGAGUUUUGCAAGAAGAAUUUUGGAGAUCUUGUUGUCAUUGAGGGUGACAGUGAAAGAAAGAUGCUAUGGAGAUAUAUCAUGAAAAAUGGCAAAGAAGAUGCAUAUUUCAUUGGUUUAGAACUGAGUUUGGAUAAACAGGUUAGCUGGAUAGAUGGAACCCCUGUGAAUUUCUUAGCAUGGGCAGCACAUGAACCCAACUUUGCAAACAACGAUGAAAACUGUGUAGUCAUGUAUAAAAACUUAGGAUUAUGGAAUGAUAUAAACUGUGGUUAUCCAAAUCCUUUUAUAUGUGAAAGGCACAACAGUUCCAUUAAUGCGACACUUUCUCCUACAACACCUUCACCCCCAGGAGGAUGUCCGGAAACUUGGCUUUUGUUUCAAAAUAAGUGUUACAAAAUGUUUGGCUCAAAUGAAGAUGAGCGACUGUCGUGGCAUGCUGCACGAACAGCUUGUAUGAAUUUAGAAGGAAAUCUAGUUACCAUCCCAAAUGAACAAGUGCAAGCCUUUCUCACCUUCCAUUUAAAGGAUUCUGUGGUUGAUACUUGGAUUGGAUUAAAUGAUAUAAACCAUGAACUCAAGUACCUUUGGACAGAUGGAAGUGGAGUCUACUUUACAAAUUGGGGCAAAGGUUUCCCAUCUGGACAAGUGGCAUUAUAUUCAUAUGAUAGCCAGGCUGACUGCGUCUUUAUGAGAAAUAGUCCUGUUAAGGAGGCAGGGAAAUGGGUUGAUGAAAGCUGUGGCAACAACAAAGGCUAUGUAUGCCAAAUUAACAAAGACUCCAAGUUCUCCCAUUCAUCAACAGCAGUCCCAGCCAACUUUAUCCGUUAUGGUAACAGUAGUUACAUGUUCGUUCAUUCCAAAAUGAAAUGGGAAGACGCAAGGCGAAAAUGCAUACAUGAGUCCUCUGACCUUGCCAGCAUCUUCGAUCCCUACAGCCACUCAUUUCUGUGGCUACGAAUGUUAAAGUAUGGGGAGCCUGUAUGGAUUGGUCUGAACAGCAAUCUGACUGAUGGACAUUAUCAAUGGAUUGAUAACUGGAAGGUGAAGUAUACUAAGUGGGCCAAAGGUGAGCCGAAACAGAAAAUAGGCUGUGUUUAUCUGGACCUUGAAGGAUCUUGGAAGACGGCAUCCUGUGAUGAAAACUACUACUCUAUCUGUAAAUGGUCAGAUGUUAAAGCCCCCACGGAUCCUCCCCAGCUCCCCGGAAAGUGCCCUGAGUCAGAACAUAGAUCAUGGAUCCCUUUCCGUGGUCACUGCUACUUCAUUGAGUCUUCAUCUACGAGAAACUGGGCCCAGGCCUCCUUAGAAUGUCUUCGAUUAGGUGCCUCUUUGGUUUCAGUAGAAGAUUCGGCUGAAGCCAACUUUCUGGCGCACAACCUAGAGCCACUUGAAGAAAAAUCAUCGACUUUUUGGACGGGAAUGUACAGAAAUGUGGACGGACAGUGGUUGUGGCUAGACAGCACUGCAGUGGAUUUUGUCAAUUGGAAUGUCGGAGAACCCUCAAGUCAACAAAAUGAGCACUGUGUUGAAAUGUAUGCAAACUCUGGGUACUGGAAUAAUAUUUAUUGCUCUUCCUACAAAGGAUAUGUUUGUAAAAAACCAAAAACUGUUGAAGUGCAAUCAACUGAGAAGCCCCCAGACAAGAAAGCAGUGAAAAAGGAGGAGAAGAUUCCUGAACCUAGUCACAACAAAACUGGGAUUGUAAUUAUUGUGGUGAUCCUUAUCCUAGCAGGAGUUGGCCUUGCAGGCUAUUUCUUCUACAGGAAAAGAAAGAAUCACAUGGCAACAAAUGACAGCUUUGAGAACAACCUGUAUUUUAAUACUGAUGCAGUUCCUGGAACUAGUGACACAAAGGAUCUUGUGGCCAACAUUGAGCAAAAUGAACAUGCUAUUCUCUAG